AUGACGAUACCUUCAAAAUAUAAUCCACAACCACCACGAGAGAUUAAAGUUAAAUUUAAUGGUGUUUCCGCAACUUUAGCAAUUCCUCAUUCAAUGGAUAGCGAAAAUCCAUUUGAAGAAAAUUUAGCUCCGAUGACACAUAAAGCGGUUAUAAUAUUACAUGGUCAAGGAGGUCAUAGAGAUUAUUGUUAUCAACAACAUUUAGCUCAUAGAUUAGCAAAAGAUUUAGGAAUUUUUAGUUUAAGAAUUGAUUUUAGAGGAUGUGGAGAUUCAGAUGAUAAUGAAAUUGAAAUUGAAGGUAGACAUUUAGAUCAAGAUGUUGAAGAUAUUCAAAAUUCUGCAGAAUUUUUAAGAAGUGGUGAAAAAAAUGGAAUUGGUAUAGAUUUAACUAUUAAUUCAAUUAUAUCUCAUUCAAGAGGUGGUGUUGCAAUGUUUUUAUGGGCUUUAAAACAAGAUGAAUUAUUAAAACAAGGUAAUAUAAAUGCAAUUGUAGUACCAAAUUUAAUUAAUUGUGCUGCAAGAUUUACUUCAGAAACUGUAUUGGAAAGAUAUUCUCAUUUUGUAAAUUUUGAUUAUAUACCAGAUGUUAUAUAUUAUAGAUAUGGAAAAUAUCAAAAGGGAAAAUUAGCAGCAAAAGAAAUUAUAACAUUAUCAAAACCAAAUUUUUCAAAUUUAACAAAUUUAUCAAGAGAUUUUUCAGUUUUAAGUAUUUAUGGAUUACAUGAUGAAAUUAUUCCAAGAUAUGAUUGUUCAAAUUUUGCAAAUGCUUUAAAUAGAGGUCCAAAAUCUCAUACUUUAAAAUUAAUUCCUGAAGCUGAUCAUAAUUUUUAUGGUUUUCAAAAAAUUGAACCUGAUGAUGAUUUAGAAGAAAUGAAUCCAUUAAAUUUACCUUUAAAAAAGGGUAGAAUAAAUUAUAAUUAUUUAGUUGUUGAUUAUAUAUUGGAUUUUUUAUCACCAGAAAAUGAAUUUGAAAGAUUUCUUUUGUCAAGUAAUGUUAUUGGAAGUGUUUCAAGAUGGAAACAUGUUGAAGGUGUAAAUAAUUUCAGAGAUCUUGGUGGAUGGAGAAUAUUACAUCCAACUUUUGAUAAUGGUAAUGUAGAAGGUAAAUUUCAUUAUGUAAAGCCAAAUGUUGCUUUUAGAUGUGCUAAUAUUUCAGGAAUGACUGAAAAUGGUUUAAAAACAAUACAAAAACUAGGAAUUAAAGCAAUUUUUGAUUUAAGAUCAGAUGGUGAAAUAUCAGCAGAUGGUUAUCCUCCGAAUUUAAGUAGCUACGGUAUUAAAAGAAUUCAUGCUCCAAUUUAUGCAAAAGAUGAUUAUUCACCACAAGCAAUAGCAUUAAGAUAUACAAAUUUAAUGACUUCUUGGUCAACUUAUGUUCAUGUUUAUAAAGAUAUGUUUGAAUUUGGUAAAGAAGCAUUUAGAACCAUAUUUUUAUAUAUUUUGGAAGAAAAUCAACCAUUUUUAUUUCAUUGUACUGCUGGUAAAGAUCGUACAGGAGUUUUUGGAAUGUUAUAUUUAUUAUUAGCAGGAGUUGAUAAAGAUACAAUAUCAAAAGAAUAUGAAUUAACAACCAUAGGUUUAAAACCAGAUCAUCCAAUUUUAAAAGCAAAAUUUAUUGAAGCAGUUAAUAAAAUAAGAUCAAAAUUUGGUGGAACUGGUGAAGAUGAUGCAUUAGAAAAUAUGAUAAGUCAAGGUAGAAAAGAUUGGAAAAUUGAAGAACAAGGAUUUCAAAAUUUAGUAAGUUCAAGAUAUGAAGCAAUGUUAGCAACAAUUCAAUUAUUUAAUGAACUUUAUGGAAAUAUUGUAAAAUAUAUGGAAACAAUAUUAGGAUUUUCUUUACAUGAGAUUGAACAAAUUUAUAAUAGAAUUAUAACUUCAGAUCCUCAAAAUUUUGGAUUUGAAUUAAAUACUCAGUUAAGAUGGGAUCAUAGAGCCAAAAUUUAA